UGUCUCCUCUGUGGGCUUAGUCCCGCCCUCCUACAUGUUUCUCCUCCUCUGGUUUGCUGCUGCUGCAGUCGGCUGUCAGCCUCUCAGAGCUUUGGACUGCAGCGCUGCAGGCAGGGUUGGUGUGCACGGAGGGGGCGUGCACGAGGACGAGCGUGCACGGGGAGGGCGUGCACGUGUGUGGAGGGAUUUAAAGUGAGGCUGCAGAGGAAGUUGAGGCUGAGAUGAUGAGGAGGAGGAUGAUGAGGACGGCUCCUUGGGUUCAGGUGAGCCCGGGGCUCCACACUGAGUGCUAACCAUGCUGGGCCAAUCCGAGCCGACCUCCAGCACCCUGCAGCUGGUGGCCAACGACAUGACGGGCAUCAUGGAGAAGCUGGACACCCGAGAGCUCGACCUCGGGGAUGGAGAGUACGACACGACCGACACCGCGGCUCCAGAGGAGCGUUUGCCUUUUAGUGCGAUUUACCACACGGUGGGUUUCAAGGAGUCCGAGGCCAAAGUCUUCCUGUCCUCUCCGAUCACCGCCAAAAUCCUGGAGGUGGAGCGAUUCACCUCGGCUCAGGACCGAUUCAACGUCACCACCCAGAGGAGCGUCAACAAGUCGAUGCCCGCUGUGUAUAAAAUCGAGAUGAAGCACGGGGAGUUUACGUGGCUGGUGAAGAGGAAGGAGAAACACUUCAUGGAGCUUCAUCGAGAGCUGAGGACCUACAAGACCUUCAUGAGGCUGCCGCUGCCGUCGCGAAGCCACACGGUGAAGAGGCAGACGGUGGCCAGGAGUGAGGUGAGACAGAUGCCGAACCUCCCCAGAGGAGGAGGAGAUGAGCUGGGCCGAGAAGAGCAGGUUUCCAGCCGGAGAAGACAACUAGAAGAUUACUUGAAUAAGCUGCUAAAGAUGCCGAUGUACCGGAACUACCACGCUACGAUGGAGUUCAUUGAUGCUAGUCAGCUGUCCUUUGUCCACGACCUGGGACCAAAAGGCUUAGAAGGAAUGGUGCUGAAGCGAUCCGGCGGUCAUCGGAUCCCCGGGUUGAACUGCUGUGGUCGCAGCAAAAUGUGCUACCGCUGGUCCAAACGCUGGCUGGUGGUGAAGGACUCGUUCCUGCUCUACAUGAAGCCCGACUCCGGUGCCAUCUCCUUUGUGAUGCUGUUCGACAAAGAGUUCAGCAUCAAGAUGGACUCCAAAGACACGGAAACCAAACACGGCGUCCGCGUUGACAGCCUCAGCAGGUCGCUGGUGCUGAAGUGCAGCAGCUACAGACAUGCCCGCUGGUGGGGUCAGGCCAUCGAAGGCUUCGUCCAGAAGCACGGCUCGGCCUUCCUCAAAGACCACCGCUUCGGAUCCUUCGCCAGGGAGGAAGUGAACAUCCCGGCCAAAUGGUACGUGAACGGAAAAACGUACAUGGAGGACGUAGCCGACGCUCUGGAGGAGGCCAAGGAGGAAAUCUUCAUCACAGACUGGUGGUUGAGUCCAGAGAUUUUCCUGAAGAGGCCGGUGGUCGAAGGAAACAGAUGGCGUCUCGACUGCAUCCUCAAACGCAAAGCGCAACAAGGAGUGCGUGUCUUUGUGAUGCUGUACAAGGAGGUGGAGUUGGCUCUGGGCAUCAACUCCGGAUACAGCAAGAGGACGCUGCUGCACCUUCACCCCAACAUCAAAGUGAUGCGUCAUCCAGACCACGUCUCCUCCGCUGUGUACCUGUGGGCUCACCACGAGAAGAUCAUCGUCAUCGAUCAAUCUGUAGCCUUCGUGGGCGGGAUCGACCUGGCGUACGGUCGCUGGGAUGACAAGGAGCACCGACUGACGGAUGUUGGGAGUGUGACGCUGUCUCACCUGGAGCAGGCUGCAGCUGCUUCCUCCAGCACGACUGCCUCGGCUAACGGCAGCGGCGCCGCCUCCCAGAGCAACGGGAAGGGCAUCUUCACGGUGACGGACUCGACGGACCAGCCCAAGCUUAAGGGUCAGGGGAGGAUGAAGAGGACUAGGUUCAGCAUCAGGAGACACCUGCAGAAACAUGGACUGGCCCAUGCCGACAGCGACAGCGACCUGGAGGAGGACGAGAGUUGGUCAAACAGCAUCAGCAGCCACCAGACUCUGAUCCCCUCCAGGCUGGUGGAGCUAAAGGCGGCUCCGCUCAGUCAGUACCAGGCUGGAAGCGGCUCAGUGAGAAGUCUUCACACCGGAGUCGGAGAGCUGUUUGGAAACACUCGCUUCUGGCACGGGAAGGAUUACUGCAACUUCGUCCACAAGGACUGGAUCCAGCUGGACAAACCCUUCGAUGACUUCAUAGACCGGCAUACGACUCCCAGAAUGCCUUGGCACGACAUCGCCUCAGUGGUUCACGGGAAAGCAGCUCGAGAUGUGGCGAGACACUUCAUCCAGCGGUGGAACUUCACUAAGCUCGUGAAGCCAAAGUACCGCUCGCUGUCAUUUCCAUACCUGCUUCCUAAAUCCCACACCAGCGCCACAGAGCAGCGAUACCAAGUCCCAGACUCCAUCUCCACCAAGGUCCAGAUCCUGCGCUCGGCCUCUGAUUGGUCGGCUGGCAUCAAAUACCACGAGGAGUCCAUCCACAACGCCUACGUCCACGCCAUCCAGAACAGCCAGCACUUCAUCUACAUAGAGAAUCAGUUCUUCAUCAGCUGUGCCGACAACAAACACGUUUUCAACAAGAUCGGAGACACGAUUGCGGAGCGCAUCAUCAAAGCGUACAGGGAGGGUAAGAAGUACCGGGUUUACGUGGUGACGCCGCUGCUGCCGGGCUUUGAAGGCGACAUCAACACCGGAGGAGGCAGCGCCAUCCAGGCCGUGAUGCACUUCAACUACAGGACCAUGAACCGAGGAGACCACUCCAUCAUCUCCCAGCUCAAGAGGGAAAUGGGUGACCAGUGGAUGAACUACAUCUCCAUCGCCGGUCUGAGAACUCACGCCGAGCUGGAGGGGAAGCUGGUCACGGAGCUCAUCUACGUCCACAGCAAGAUGCUCAUCGCCGACGACAACACCGUCAUCAUCGGUUCGGCCAACAUCAACGACCGCAGCAUGCUGGGGAAACGAGACAGCGAGGUGGCCGUGAUCGUGGAGGACUCGGAGACGGUCGCCUCGGUGAUGGACGGACAGCGGUACCAGGCGGGAAGAUACGCCCUGCAGCUCCGCCUCGAAUGCUUCAAGAUGAUCCUCGGCGCUAACACCGAUCCCUCCAUCGAUGUUUCCGAUCCCAUCAGCGAUCAGUUCUACAAGGAGGUCUGGAUGGCCACCUGCGCUCGCAACGCCACCAUCUACCAGAAGGUUUUCCGCUGUCUGCCGUCCAGCGACGUCCGGAACAUCCUGGAGCUGGAGGGCUACCUGGCCAAGGCGGGCCUGGACAAAGACGACCCGGCCCGGGCUCACGAGGAACUGAAGAAGAUCCGGGGCUUCCUGGUCCAGUUUCCUCUGCAGUUCCUCAGCGAGCAGAACCUGCUGCCCCCCAUCGGCUCCAAGGAGGCCAUGGUGCCGAUGGAGGUCUGGACCUGAGGAGGACGGGAACACUCGGGUGGAUGAAUCUGACACCCUUCUGGAGGUCUGAGCUGCUGGGCAGAACUUCACGGCUAACGUUAGCGUUGUAUUCCUAUCCUAAAACAAUUAGCUACGAGGCUCUCAGUCACAUGCUAACCAGGAAGUUUGAGGUUUUUUGCCCUGAGUUUAGACUCCAUUCAAAACCUUUUUCCGACAUCAGAAUUUCUUUCAGUAGGACGCUAAUGAGUAAUUGCUAUUUAUAAAAUAGUUGUUAUUAAAUAAACAGAUGAAGCAGAAGAUGAGGGAUGACAGGAACCAUGUUGUAGAUUACAUGUAGUACCGAUUUGCACCACCAGGUGGAGCAACCAGUUACAGAUUUUUGCAGAUUUUAAAAAUGGGUAUGGAGGGACAUGAUUAGCUUAGCUUAGCAUAAAUUGUGGAAGCGUCUGGAAACAGCUAACAUGGCCCUCUCAAGGCUCAAAUGUAUAGCAACCAGAGCUAAAGCUAAUUACUAAUCUUUACGGAAUCGUAAAAAUCUGUGCUAAGUUAGCGCUAACCUAAUUUAGCGCUAAGCUAGGUUUAUUAGGUCUUUUGCACCAUGUUUCCUGGCUGGUAGUGAAACUGUGAAGAUUUUCUACAUCUAAAAUGAUCUUAAAACAGUUUAAAAAGCACAACUAGAGUUUAAUAUCCUUUCAGGUGCAGGUUCAGAUGGAGCUCUAAAGAGAUUAAAAGAAAAAUAUCCUAAAAUCUCCUAGUUCUGUUUGCCGAUUUACCUCCAGAAGGGCGUCGACUGGGACUUGAACACACGAGAGGAUUAAAAACUGGCUUAAAUUUACAAAAACAACAAACAUGGAGACGCCUUCCCUCCUGUAAACACAGGGCUGAAAUCCACGGUGUGUGACAAUCUGGGCGUCACGUUUACAAAAAGAAGGAAGUAAAUAAAAGUGAAGCCAUCGAGAUCCUCCGGCCUCCAACAACACUAUGCAACGACCGAGGCCGGCGAACGCAGCUCCUCUGGGAAAAGACACUAAAUGAAUGAAAGCAGAGACGAGGACGAAGGGCAGCAUCGAUUCUUUUCUUUCUUUUUCUCUCUCACACCUUUGCUGUUAAUAUUUAUGUCAACCAGGAAAUCCCAAGUGCCAAAGACGACAUUCCUCAUACUGUGGAUUCUACAUUAAAACCUUAAGUGACCUGUUUUUAUACUCUGGCGUUGUGUUUGUGGUCCACAGUGGGGCUUCGUCUCACAGCUUCCUCUAAUUUCCUGGAAAAAUAACUGGGCUGAAACUAGCCGCUUAGCCUUUAGAUGAUUUAUAAUGUGCAAAUGUAAUGUUUUCUCCAGGAAACUAUGAGGAAAUUCAUGUGAAGCUCUUUUUUUUGGACUACAUAACCGUCAGACUCAUGCAUGAUGUGUUUAUUAUAAUGCUGCGUUUGAUAUAAUGUCAGAAAAUGGAAAUUCUUGCAGCUAGCAGACAACAUUAGUGCAAAAGCUGCAUGGGGGGGGAUAUUUUUGGCCACUAGGGAGCAGCAGAACAAGCAGAAAUAUACAACAUAUUUACUCUGUUUUUGGUCUCCACCAUCUCCAGAGCGAAAGAAAUGGCUAUUCAGCUGCUAUAAGCAGCUAGUUGUUAUGUUUACAUCUGUUGGUUUUCCCCUACUUUGUUCCUACAAAAUCAGGUUUUGAUCUCUAGGGCGCAACAGAACAAGCAGCAAAUGCAGCUUUUCAGGCGUUUGCUCCAUUUUUGGUCUCCACCAUCUUUGGGGCAAAAUAUUUGUCUCUUCAGUGACUAAAUGUUCCAUGAGUGAAGGUUUACUAGCUAGUUCCUAACAUUACGUCUGGUUGUUUACCAAAGAUUGUUUCUGCAAAGUUUGUUUUUGGCCUCUCGGGGGCAGCAGAACAAAAAGAAAACACAACAUCUACCAUCUUUUAGCACCAUUUUUGGUCUCCACCAUCUCUGGAGCAAAUAUUCGAGUGUUCUUCUGCUGUAACGAGCUAGUUGCUAACUUUAUGACGAUUGUUUCUGCAUACUUAGUUUUGGCCUCUAGGUGGCAGCAGAACAAGCAGAAAAUGCAACAUACGACAUGUUUUUGCUCUGUGUUUGGUCUCCACCAUCUCCAGAGCAAAGUAUUUGUCUCGUCAGUGCCUAAAUGUUCCACUAGUAAAGGUUUACUGGCUAGAUGCUAACUUUGCGUCUGUUGGUUUACCACAGAUUGUUUCUGUAAAACUUUUUUUGGCCUGUUUUUCCAGGCUUAGGCAGCUAUUAUCCGAGGAAAAGCCUUAAAAAUUUACUCAGACGAUUUGUAGCAGCAUUUAGCUCCUAAACAGCCAGAUGUUUUCUUUGGGAGGUGGUGGAGACCAAAAACGGAGCUAAAAGAGAGUAAAUAUUGGAUUUAAAGUCAUCGGUUAACACAAAAACUCGAUUUGUCUUUGUGGCUAGUGUUGCUCUGUGUCUGUUUACGGUGUAAAAACUCAACUCUAAGUUUUGUUUUGAAAAUAAUAUGAGAAUUUUGAGUUUGCGGCUUGUUUCUGCUGCCAAAAAAAUGAAAUAUUAUAGCAAAAGUUAGGAUCAUUUCACUUCAUUUUUCUGACAUUUAUGAAGCGCAGCAUCGAUAUUCGUUGUGUCUUCCUGAUUGGUAGGUUUAUUAUCUGCAUGGCGCCGUUUUGUGCUGUGAACUUUACCUGAAAACACUUAAAAUCGACUCAACGGUCUGCAGCUCGUUGCCAUUUCCAGAGAAAAGCAUGAACCCUGUUUCCUCCAAAGCCAUUACUGAUGUAAACGGUGUGCCUGUCUGCCACAUGAACCUGAAACUUACUGUUAAUAUUUAUAGAAAAUGGGACCUUAAUGUGCUUUUUUCCUCUUUAUUCGUCCUCUCUACCUCCCGGUGUUUCUACCUCCUGCUCCGGAGCUUCUCAGCCGUCAUUUUCUUGCAGCUUCGCCUGAAAUUAACAAAAAAAAGCAGUGCAGAAGUGAUAAAAAAUGACACUUCUGCACAAUAUCAGACAGUUUAGACAUUAGAACGAUGAAAAGCUGAAUUGAAAUGAACCAGAAAUGUGGAUUCGGUUCAGAUGUUCCCUCGUUUUCUUUAAAUCUGGGCCGAAAACGCUGAUUUUUCUGUCCUGUCUCCUCUCUGUUGGAAAUGAAAAUGCACUAUUUUGCACAGAUUGUCGUUUUUCUUGACCUUAAAAAUCGAUCUGCAGUACGCGUCGUGUUGCUUUUGUGAAACGAUGGAUUAAAUAAAUGGCAUAUUAACAAGUUA